CAAAGGAGAGGCAGUGACUAAGAGUCACUCACACAAAUAACAGGGAGGGAUUAGAGAAGACAGCAGAGAAGACUCACUGACGGAACUGAGGACUCGACUGGAUCUGUAACUUGCCAUCAAGAUGUCAAAAGUAUUCAAGAAAACCAGUGGGAAUGGGCAUAUUGCCCUGUACUUGGGGAAGAGAGACUUUGUGGACCAUGUGGAUUCUGUGGACGUAGUUGAGGGGGUAGUUAAAGUGGACUCUUCUGGUCUUGAGGGCAGGAAAGUAUAUGUCUACCUCGCUUGUGCCUUCCGCUAUGGAAGUGACGACUUGGAUGUCAUCGGACUGUCCUUCAGGAGAGACAUCUGGAUCAAGCGCGUUCAAGUGUAUCCAGCUACAGAAAACCCAACUAAAACACCAAUGCUAGAAUCCCUCCUAAAGAAAGUUGGAGAGCAAGGAUAUCCCUUUGCGUUCCAGAUGCCAACAGAUCUUCCAUGCUCAGUGUCAUUACAGCCUGGGCCAGGUGACUCUGGCAAGGCUUGUGGCGUGGACUUUGAGGUUAAAGCAUUCCUUGCCAAUGAAGCAGACAAUCCAGAUGAAGUGAUUGACAAAAAGGACACUUGCCGACUGAUGAUUCGUAAAAUACAGUUUGCACCAGCUAACAACAAGGCUGGACCCAAGGCUGAAAUCUCAAAGCAGUUUAUGAUGUCUGACAAACCAGUUCACUUGGAGAUUGCCCUUGAAAAAGAGUGUUAUUACCAUGGAGAUCCGAUCACCGUCAAAGUAAAAAUCAACAACGAAACCACCAAGACCGUGAAGAAAAUCAAAGUCUCUGUUGAGCAGCUAACAAGUGUGGUCCUCUACUGCUCUGACAUUUACACCAAGGAAGUAUGUUGUCAGGAGUUUGCGGAGACAGUAAAUGCAAACUCUACACUUGACAAGUCCUUCCAAAUAACCCCCCUGCUUUCCAACAACAAAGAGAAGCGAGGUCUUGCGGUGGACGGACGGCUAAAAGAUGGGGACACCAACCUCGCAUCCACAACAUUGAGUCAAGGAGAGAAGGAGAUGCAAGGAAUCAUCAUCUCCUAUAAAGUCAAGGUCAACCUGUUGGUGUCCAGUGGAGGCCUGUUGGGUGGCCUAACAGGAAGUGAUGUCACUGCAGAGGUUCCUCUGACUCUGAUGUCCCCAAAACCUGCAGGUGAGUGCAGCAUUUUGCACAUCAUUGCCAUUUAAAUACUUGCUCAGAAAUUUCACUUCAACAAAUCAGACAGUGGUGAAUUUUCUGUUACUCUUCUGAUCAUCUAUUAUGUCAUGUUUCCCCCUUUUUUCUUUUUUUGUGCAUGUCACUGCUGUUCACUGAGCAGAAGUGUAAGUAUAAAAUUGUCUCUGCGUAAAAACAUGUAUUUAACUGUGGCAGUGACAUUCUGUAACUAAUUUCCUCGUGUAAUUGUGUGUUUCAUGAACAACAGCACAUUGGAUUAAAUGCCUUUUCAAUUCAGGGCGGACAUCAAACUUGAGUCCUCUGAUUGAUAACCAGCGAAGGAAAAUCAUCUCUGACAGAACUCAAGGAAUUCAACACUAAUGAAGAAAAGCACAAAGUGACAUGUAGUUACUACAAUGCUCUUAUUUCCCCUGUACAUACACAUUUUUAUUCAUAAAUCACUGCAAACACUCCAUCACUGUAAGAGUCAAAAUGUGACAUUUCUCUCAAUGCAUUCAGACAAUUGUAUAGAAUUAAAUAUUUAUUGCACAGUUGUCAAAGGAAAUGUCCAGUAGACAUAGAGUAGACCUUUCCGGACAUGUUAAGGAUACUAAAUAUGCAGAGAUUAAUUUAUCCAUAUUCUUUAUUGUUGUGUUAUUAGAGCAAUAAGAUGUGAAGAAUGAAUAUAUGGAAUCAAUGUUCACAAAUUACUUCUACUUGUGUCACUCUUCUUAGAAGAAUAUGACAAAAUAAACACAAUUUCCCUAAA